AUGACCCCUUAUCCUCAAGGGAAUCCGGACACUUCAAAUUGCAACAAGAAUGAUUCAACAUUAAUUUCGAACAAUGUUGAUGAUGAUUACAUAAUACACACUUCAUCUAUUCGACUACCUUUUAUUGCUGCUGGGUUAGUGAACGCUGCAGUCGCAGAACUGUUAAAUCAACUAUCAUGUCGAUUUUUUGAAAUGGCUAUAAUCACUUCGAAAAUUGCAGACAGCCAGAAAAAUUCGUUAGUAAAGCAAAAGGAUCAAGAAGAUAUCGAGAAUGAUGCGCAAAAUACAUACAGUAAUAGUAAUUCAUCGAUUUUUCCACAAAAUGAAGGACUUACUACUACACAAGGUCAAUCAGAGUUACAGAAAAAAAUGCGAAUGGAUUUAGAUAAUCUAAGUGGUCUAUCACCUGACCAAAUGCCCACUUUACAACUGAAUAAUCAAGAUGCAUUCACCGCUCCGCUUCACCCUCCCCAUCCUGGUACUAUAGCUGUUUCAUCAUCAUCUUCUCUUUCCAUAUCUUCGACGAUUUCUUUGUUUACAAGCUCUUCAGAAAAUUGUAACACUCUCUCAGAAAUAAUGAAGAUUAAAGAAGAAUCAGAAGUGGGAUAUCCACUAGAAUUGAGCAUUGAUCGUGGAGAUACUAGUAAUAAUAAGAAUGACUAUUCUACACAUGCUAAUAACUUUGUAAGUAAUCAAAUCAAUGAUCAAUAUCAAUGCCAACAAAAUCAUCAAUCUAAUUUAGCACGUAUUGCUACAGUGGAUUAUUUAAAACGUCAUCCUUGUACUUAUCGUGGUUGUGGUAAAGUGUUUUUCAGUCGAACAAGUCUUAUAUAUCAUAAACAAAGUCAUGCAAUUGAAAAACCAUACAAAUGUACAUAUCCUAAUUGUGGUUUAACAUUUUGUAAUGAGGCUUUAUUAAAAACACAUAUACAAUUACAUGAACCAAAACAAUUACGUGAACGUUUCUCAUGUACAUUACCAGGAUGUAAUAAAGUAUUUGUUACACGUGAAUGUCUUAUAGAACAUAUACGUAUACAUACUGGUGAAAGACCAUUUAUUUGUGAUUAUCCAGGAUGUACGCAUCGUUUUGCUAGACGAUGUAAUUUAUUCGCACAUAAACGUGUACAUUUAGAUAAAAAUCAACGUCGUCAAUAUCAUUGUAUACAUGCAGGUUGUGGUAAAACAUUUUUAUAUUCACGUAGUUUAACUGAACAUAUGAAUGUACAUUUAGGUGAACGUCCAUAUGUUUGUGAUUAUCCAGGAUGUGAAAAAAGUUUUACAAGUAAAAGUUAUCUUUAUGCACAUAGAAGAAUACAUUUAAGUGGUAUAGAUAAAUCAAUCAAUGCUACAUGUUCUUCAUCAUCUAGUAAUCAACAAUUUGAUUAUAAUAAUACUUCUAUUACUACUACUAAUAACAAUAAUAAUAGUAAUGUACCACCAAUACCAGUCACAGUAACUAUACCAGUUCUUCAACAAAUUCAUUAUCCAUUUCCACAAUCAAUUUUAUCAAAUAAACAACAACUUCAACAUCAUCAAAUUCAGCAUCAUCAUCAACAACAACAACAAGUUCAACAACGAAUUCAAUCUCAAUUACAACAUCCUCUUUUAACAAAUACAAAUAUUAAUAAUAUGACUAAUAAUUUAUCAGCUCAUUUAUUCUAUUCCAAUCAACAUAAUUAA